AGUGCUUGCAUGCGGUGUCAUUGAAGCAUGAUUGAUUUUCCGGAAAGGUAACAUUUUCGUUUCUUAUUUUGACCUAAAUAUCCGCGCUCGAAACGGCAAAAAUUGCAAGACAACAAGCAGCCCGAGGCUCAUCACCGCCGUAGUUUUGGUGUAGGAGAAACGUCCGACGUAUUUCUGGAAGAUUCUGUGGGAAAAUAUGCCGGUGGGCUAGCUCUCUGACCGGACAAAACCGACCCAACGAUGGCCGACACAACAACGCCCUCAGCUCCGGACAAAGACGAUAAGUUGGUGAGCAAGCCAUCCAUCAAGAAAAAGACCAAACCAGCACCAUUAGAUAUGACAACAACAGAAGGCAAGGAGGUUGUCGGGGGCGACCAAACGAAACCGCCGGUCACGCCGAAAUACACGAGAGAACACAAGAUCGGCCACCGCAGGAUAAAUGAAGACACAGGAGAAACAACCUACAAAAAGACAACGUCAUCGGCUUUGAUGACAGCAAUCCAGCUGGGAAUCUCACAUUCCAUAGGAGGCCUGAGUUCCAAACCAGAGAGAGACCUUCUUAUCCAGGACUUCUCAGUAGUGGAGAGUGUCUUCUUUCCUGGUGAGGGCAGUAACCUGACCCCGGCCCACCGCUGUCCAGACUUCAGAUUUAAGACGUACGCUCCCAUGGCAUUCCGCUUCUUCAGACAACUCUUCGGCAUCCAACCAGACGACUUCUUAAUCUCUCUGUGCAGUGAGCCCCUGAGGGAACUCUCCAACCCAGGUGCCAGUGGGUCCCUCUUCUAUCUGACUGCAGAUGACGAGUUCAUUGUUAAAACUGUGCAACACAAAGAGGCAGACUUCUUACAAAAACUACUCCCUGGAUAUUAUAUGAACCUAAACCAGAACCCGAGAACUCUGCUGCCCAAGUUUUUUGGCCUGUACUGUUACCAGUCUGGAGGGAAGAACAUUCGUCUUGUAGUUAUGAACAACCUGCUACCCUCCACCAUUAGAAUGCACCUCAGAUAUGACUUGAAGGGCUCCACCUACAAAAGAAAGGCUUCUAAAGCAGAGAGACAGAAGCCUAACCCAUGUUUUAAGGAUCUGGACUUUAUGGAAGACCAUACAGAGGGAAUUCUGCUGGACUCAGACAACUACACUGCAAUGAUGAAGACUAUAGCUAGAGAUUGUAGGGUUUUAGAGAGCUUCAAAAUCAUGGACUACAGCUUAUUGCUGGGCAUCCACAACCUGGACCAAGCAGAGAGAGAAAAAGCUUCUGGAUUGGAAGGUGCGGAGGCGGCCGACCCUUACUUGUUCGCCACUCCUAUCCCGCAGCAGGCUACCCCAUUGGUUGGUUCCGCAGCGUCGCCCAGUGGUGAGUCGGAAGGAGCCUCCGUGUCAGAGGACAGAGGUCAGGAGUCAGAAAACACAGGUGCAAUAUCAUCAAACCAAAUUGCUGAGCAGAAUAGGGGCUUGCAAGACGCACAAAAUGGGGACUGGAGAUAUUACGAUUCUUCUGAUGGGGAAUCAUGGGGCGAUUCAACUGAUGAUGAAGGGAGGGGGAAGAUGGAUCGCCAGAAGUCCCUGUACAGACAUAAACUUACCCACACUGCAAUGGAGUCCAUCCAGGGCGAGUACAAGGCACCGCCAGUAGAACCUGCCGACUAUCAUCACCUGACAGAAAACACUACGCAGUUAGAGGUCUUCUGGAGUUUGCAAGAUGACAGCAUAUGGGGAGGUAUUCCUGCCAAGAAUGUGAAAGGAGACAGGCUACUACUUUUCUUGGGUAUCAUAGACAUUCUGCAGUGUUACAAGUUGAAAAAGAAGCUGGAACACAGGUUCAAAGCGUUUGUCCACGAUGGUGACACAGUAUCCGUCUGCAGGCCAGCCUUCUACGCCUCGCGAUUCCAGAACUUUUUCUGUCAGACUGUUUUUAGAAAAAUUCAGUCUGCACCUCGGGGAAGUUUAGCGACCCAAACCGUAAUCUUUCCUCCCCCUACAGCGCUGAAGCAUUCCCCGUCCAAGAAGAAGGGCGCGGUCGGGCCAGCAGGCAUUCUGGGAAGGCCGCGGUCGGCGACAGGUACCUCCGUGGAUAGGGACGACGAUUUCUCGGCUGGAGCCACGAGUUUACCAGCACUGGAGGAGGUCAAAAGCAGACCAGACAUCGUUCCCAGCACACCGCCCUCCUUUGACGAUGUUGCGUCCACACCAACAUCUAUAGAAACCCCGUCAACCAUGUCACCAGCACUCUCAGAGGCCUCUCCAAGAAAACAUACGUCGUCCACCUCCACACUUCCCAUUAGAACAGUAGAAGUGGAGAUCACCUCCGAGGGGUCGGAAGCAGCGGCUAAGUCUGAAUCAACCGCCUCUGCCUCCAGAAGAGAUAGACAAAAUUUGAGUGUUUCGUCAGAACCGUCAUCAUCGCUUCACCCGAGCACGUUGUCGAGCGAAUCGACGCUGGCAGACGUAGACACUGACGACAUCACCAUAACAGAGAUAAAAGCCAACAAGAGGGACCCGUCAGUUGAGCUUACACCUGAUGUGCUUUAUUUCUUACGCCAUGGUUCUGAGGUUCUUUUCUUUCCUUUCAUCUUUCCUUCAUUUCUUCUGCUCAUCCUUUUGCUUGCAUCAACUGUUGUUGCUUUCUUGUUGCUUUAAAGACAUAAGUCUCAACUUUCCUAAAUUGUGUAUUUGACAACAUAUUACAACAUUGCUUAGACGCUAAGUUCUACACACUGUGCCAAUAUUUGCUUUUGGGUGAAGGAUUUUGCUCAAGUGAUACUAGUGCUGGAUGAACAAGGAAAAGUUGUGGGAUUGAAUCAUUGAAAUUUUAUUUCAAAUGUUAACUUUCAAAUGCAUCCUACUUGAUUCUUCUGUCUGUUGAUUGGCCAAUUUGAAUUAUAACUGUUAAGUGCCAACCAAUGACUACUGGGGAAUGUUUUGAAAAUAAGCAAAGAAGAUAGACAUGGAUUUACAUCUGUUAGUGUGUUGGCCUGUUUCCCCUACAUUGUAUAUUCUUUCUUGAAAUCCAGAACCUUCUUUAUAACUGUUUCUUGUAACUAACAUCUUGGCUUGUGCUUUGCAUGCUGCUUGGCUUGCUUAUUAUCAUCAUAUCCCUAAUGUCCAUGUAUGCAUGUUUGCAACCUUUGUUUUAUGAUUUCUAAUUGAAUGCUGGUCACAUGAUUUCUAGCCAAUCACUUGGCAACACUAGUGAUCAUGUGAUCUACAUCAGCCAAUCAAAAGGGCAAAAUGUAGACCCAAUCUGAUCUUGUUGCAUGUUUCUCAUAUUACAGCAUAAUCUUGAUCAUGUCAAUCAUCUUCAAAGAUAAUUAAUUUUUGUUUCAUUUCUUCCUUCUCUUUGUCCCAUCUUCUUCCCUCCUUGCUUCUCUCACUCCCUCCUUUCAGACCUACUUGUAACGGAUUGAAGAAAUGGGAAAAUGGCUUCGACGUCCAUGUAAGCAAUGUGUAACUUCCUCACCAUGUACAGUUGUAUAACACUUCAACACUUAAUACCAAUAGACCGAUCUCAUAGCUCUGCCCACCUCCUCCAAAACAUACAUGUAAGAAAGCACAAAAAUGCAAAUAUGUGACAGACAUGCAGCAGCCAUGCUCUCAUUGGUCGAAUCCCUAACUGCAAUGCUGUCAUUGGUCGAGCUGCUAAUUGUGAUGGACAGUAAGGAUCGGUCUAUUGGUUGUGGCUUAGCAAUAUUAACUAUGUUGUAACUAGGACGUCUCUGAAUGCGAUUUAAUAACUUUGCUAUUGUAAAACUUCCACCUUCUAUUUUUAAGGUCCCAUAUUGGGACACCAUGUGAGAUAUGCAAAAAAGGCAUCAAUGCUCAAGUACUAGCAUAGAACUAUCUACGUUGCUCGUACACAUGU